GCAGGCCUGGGAGGCCCCGCCAUGUGCCGCCGGGGGCGCCCGGAGUGAGCGCCAAGAACACGGUCCGGCGGAACCCAUUGUGACGGCGGCGAGGUUUCCGGCCGGCGCUACUAAGGUGCCGCACGUGCGGGGCGGCGUGUGCCGGCGUGACGCGGCUGCGCGGGAUGGGCCUGGCCGAGGCCGAGGCGGCGGCGAGAGGAGGCGGCGGAUCGCCCACGGCCCCCCGCGCCCGGCCGCCAUGAGCACCAAGCAGGUCACUUGCAGGUACUUUAUGCAUGGUGUGUGUCGGGAAGGAAGCCAGUGCCUCUUCUCCCAUGACUUGGCGAACAGCAAGCCGUCCACCAUCUGCAAGUACUAUCAGAAGGGCUACUGCGCCUACGGAACUCGGUGCAGGUAUGACCACACGAGGCCCUCGGCUGCAGCGGCUGGCGCCGGGGGGGCCCUGCCUCCCGCUGGGCCCUCAGCAGGUUUCCACAGUCCUCGGGCUUCGGACCUCACCGUGUCUCUGAAAACUCACCCGCCCGAACCUGGGAAGCGUGAGAAGAGAACAUUGGUGCUUAGAGACCGAAAUCUCUCUGGCUUGGCUGAGGAGAAAAGCCCUCCUAGCGUGGCGAGCGGCGCCGGCGGCUGCAGCGAUGCCCACCGCAGCCUGGAGGCGAAGCCACACUCCUACCUGGACGCCAUCCGGAGCGGCCUGGACGAGCUGGAGGCCGGCAGCUCGUGCGGCGGCGAGCAGCAGCUGUGCCCGUACGCAGCGGCCGGGACGUGCCGCUUCGGGGCUGCCUGCGUGUAUCUGCACGGGGACGUGUGUGAGAUCUGCAGGCUGCCGGUCCUGCACCCUUUCGACCCCGAGCAGAGGAAGGAGCACGAGAAGAAGUGCAUGUCCACCUUCGAGCACGACAUGGAGAAGGCCUUCGCCCUACAGGCGAGCCAGGACAAAGUGUGCAGCAUCUGCAUGGAGGUGAUCCUGGAGAAGGCGUCCGCCUCCGAGAGGAGGUUCGGGAUCCUCUCCAACUGCAACCACACCUACUGCCUGGCCUGCAUCCGCCAGUGGCGCUGUGCCAAGCAGUUUGAAAACCCAAUCAUCAAGUCUUGCCCAGAAUGCCGGGUGAUAUCUGAGUUUGUAAUUCCAAGUGUGUAUUGGGUAGAAGAUCAGAAUAAAAAGAAUGAGUUGAUUGAAGCUUUCAAACAGGGAAUGGGAAAAAAAGCUUGUAAAUACUUUGAGCAAGGCAAAGGGACCUGCCCAUUUGGAAGCAAAUGUCUUUACCGCCAUGCUUACCCAGACGGGCGGCUGGCGGAGCCCGAGAAGCCGCGGAAACAGCUCAGCUCUGAAGGCACUGUGAGGUUCUUUAACUCAGUGCGGCUCUGGGACUUCAUCGAGAACCGAGAAAGCCAGCAUGUCCCCAGCACUGAUGACGUGGAUGUGACAGAGCUUGGGGACCUCUUCAUGCACCUUUCCGGAGUGGAGUCAUCAGAGCCCUAAGUAGUCUCUGCCUGUCCCCUGCAUCAUGGGCCCCACCGGCCGAAACCUUCCCCCCAGCAAGGGUGGGCCGAGCCCCCUGCUGUGGAGUGUUGCUUGGAGUUGAGUGGGGCUGUACUUGCCCUUGGUCUCAUCCACUGCCCCCUCCUAGAGCCCUGGGAAGAGUGAAGGAUAUAAAGUACCCUACUGAGCAUGUGGACGUGCACUUUGUCUAGUUGGUGGCUUAGCUGGCCUCCAGCCCUUCAGACCAUAGCAAGUGUGCAGAUGGAGAGCAUUCAAACAAAACCAGCUGCGGGCCUUCCCCAUCUUUCUCUUCCCCCAAACUCAAAGCAGCCCAGAGGGAUUCUUUGGCCCAAGCAGGAGAGUUCUGUGUCGUGCGAGGUUGCCCUGCGGGCCAAUCUGUCGGGGAGCACAGGUGAUGCAGGGAGCACUGUUGGCUGU